AUGGAUCGACAAAAAAUAAAAGAUUGGGUUUUUAAUUUAAAGCAUGAAUAUAGUAAACUUGCAUUUUUCAUAAUAACGUCGAAAGCACUCAUUCGGUCAGUGGCAACGAACAGUAAUGUUGCAUCAUCGAUACGGUAUAAGUCUCGAACUUUACCGCGGGUUAGUAGGUCCAAGUCAGGACAUACACUUUCGAGUACCAAAGCUGCCCCUACAACUACCGAAGAAUUGAAACGUUGGAGUUGGAGAUGGUGGAAAGAGUGGGCUAUUAUUUUUAUUGUUUUCGGAAUUACUGGGUCAACAACUGUUAGAAUUGUUAGACCUGUGUUGACCAAUAUAUUAGGAAUUGAAGGAGGCUUCAUAGACGGACCAUGGACAUAUAGGAUCUCGUAUCUUUGCGUUACUAUUCCGUUAUAUUCACUUAUUCUUUUUAUUGUAGGGACUAUUUUUCGACGGCAGGCUUAUUUCAAAAAGAUCGUUUUUAGGAUGUAUGGAAGAUUCAUUCCUGAAAGAUUAAUUAAACGUAUCCGUGGUGGUCGUAAUAAUGAUAACAAUAUAGUUUAG